AUCUUCAACAAGACAAUGGUCGACGCAUCAAUAGCCUACUUCUUGUACAAGGUAAACGAUGCGGACCCCCCCCCCAACCUCCCCACCAUUCACACCGGCAACAACUUUUGUAUUGUUCUUUUUUGUGUAACAGUAACACACACGUCAAAUAGUGUAGACUUUGUGUGACAGUAACACACACGUCAAAUAGUGUAGACUUUGUGCGACAGUAACACACACGUCAAAUAGUGUAGACUUUGUGCGACAGUAACACACACGUCAAAUAGUGUAGACUUUGUGUAACAGUAACACACACGUCAAAUAGUGUAGACUUUGUGCGACAGUAACACACACGUCAAAUAGUGUAGACUUUGAGCGACAGUAAUUUUUUUUGUACAUUUUUUUUCUUUUUAUGGAGAAUCGACAUUUCCAGUUUGCUGAAGAGUUUUUUCUUGUUGAAGGGAGCAGACAAAAUUUUCGCCCCACCCCAGGUGACACUAAACCUAACUACGCCACUGCCCAUCGUCCCACCCCAGGUGACACUAAACCUAGCUACGCCACUGCCCAUUGUCCCACUCCAGGCGACACCCUACCUAGCUAUGCUACUGCCCAUUGUACCACGGCAGGCUACAGUCUACCUAGCUAUGCUACUGCCCAUUGUCCCACUCCAGGCGACACCCUACCUAGCUACGCCACUGCCCAUUGUCCCACUCCAGGCGACACCCUACCUAGCUUCGCCACUGCCCAUUGUCCCACUCCAGGCGACACCCUAUCUAGCUAUGCCACUGCCCAUUGUCCCACUCCAGGCGACACCCUACCUACCUACGCCACUGCCCAUUGUCCCGCUCCAGGCUACACCCUACUUAGCUAUGCUGCUGCCCAUUGUCCCACUCCAGGCUACACCCUACCUAGCUUCGCCACUGCCCGUUGUCCCAACUAGAGCCGUUACUGUCAUAAUCACAGCCGUAACUAAUUAUGCUCACAUUGUACAUAUUUAAUACGCUCCCCUUGACAGAGAUAGUCAUAUCGGCAAGCGCACAUUAUUGUAGACGUGUAGUUUCACUCCAGAGCCGGUAAUUAUUCUUUAAACGUAACGUAUAGUAAGGAAUGUUAUCAACUAAUUAAUUGCUAUUAAAUUUAGGAACACAUACUCUAAAUUAAAAAAAAAAAAACUUUUACGGUUCAAAAAUAACUUUAAAAAAAACACUUUUAAGCAAAACUUAUUGAAACUUAAAACCUAAAAACAUGUUUUUAAGAUCUGUAUGUAUUGGGGAGAUUUUUUUUCUGUACAUGAAAUAUACUAUAUGACUACAUGACAUAUGACUUUGAGGCAUGUGCCUAUUUUAUACCGCUACUUUAUUGUUAUCGAUGUUGAUUUCUGCCUUAAUGUUAUCCAAAAGAUUUUUCCACGAUGUUUGAAUUAUUAUUUUUUUUUUAAGCGCCAAUCCUAAAAUCUUUACUGUCAAAUCUUUCCGGGCUGUCAGUCAAUUAAAGGGCGCAUGGCAAACUCUGCAUGUCAUAGCCCAAGUUUCGUGCGGUACAGGAACCGGAUUACAAGUUUAAUGGACCUAAAAUGGGGUUCACCUAAAAUUAAGACAGGAGGAAUUACCUGGACAUUAGAGUCCGACAGAAUAGGCAUGCGACCCUUUCCUUCGAAUUCACAGGAACAUCAUAUGCGUGCAUCUCUUCCCUGUUAAGUUCACAGAUACAUCAUAUAUAUUCAACUCUAUCCUUCAGCUACAAGAGUUUGUUCUCUCAAAACUUGGUCUUGUUCAAAAUGAAUGAUGUGCACAUGGUGCUUAUCAGAGUCGGGAGAACAUAACUAUGAUAAUAACACAUGACGAUGAUAAAGCAUAACUGGUGUAGUCUUAGAAUAUGGAGCAUCAUCUUAUUCCAUCAGGGCACACUGCUAAGACAGCAUAAUUCCAUACAUAUUUUAUUCCAUCAUUACUCUCUGCUAGGACAACAUAAUUCCAUAUAUAUUUUAUUCCAUCAUUGCUCUAUGCAAGGACAACAUAAUUUCAUAUUUAUAUAUUAUUCCAUCAGGGCUCUCUGCUCGGCUCGUACAGACAUCACAGCAUCAUUCCAUGGGACGACGACCUCGACUUUCUCGUGUCCUUUGAGAACAAGAAAAAGAUGAGCGGCGCGUUUAAAAAACUGUUACCGGAUUACAUCCUGGAAAACAGUACUUCUAGGUAUGUUCAGAAAUUUCAGUGCUUUUAGAUUUUCAGAACUUUUAGAGUGCUAAGAACUUUUAGUCCUUCAGAUUUUUCAGUGCUUUUAGAAUUUUCAGUGCGUUCAGAACUUUUUAACUUACUGUACUUUGAGAACGGUCCGUACUUUCAGGUAGAUUUUGCGUUGUUCUGUUGAACGUUUGCUUGCAUUGUGUUGUAUGUUAGUUCCCACCUCAUCUCCAGCCCCUUAUUUAAAACAGCAGUGAUGACUGGCAAUUGAAGCCUGCUGGCUUAGUGAUUCAGCGCUGGAGUUGAGGGCCACCGCGCCUGGUACAAGAAUUCAAAAUUUGCUUUCAUACCAUUUCUUACAGACAUAUUCGUUUAACAAAAAUUUAAAUGAAUCUGAAAUAAAUUGAAAUGGUGCUCACCAUUAUUUACAUACUUCACGGGAGAACUUUUUUUUCCGCCCCCAACUUUGCUGUUGGUUUAUCAUUGGACUUUCGACAGUAAAGCGUAUUUAUGGAAAGCACUAACUUCGCUGCCUUCAUAACAUUCUUUUAAAAAUGAAUAAUGUAGCGCGCUGAGAUUUUUAAUGAUUCAAAACGUAUGCGUCAUUGUCUUCUUUUGUUGCUUGCCGAUCAUUGAAUUCCCUUUUUUCAUUUGCCGUUGGCCUCACCAGGUACAAGUUCUUCGCCCGAGACGGUCACGCCAUCAGAAAGCUCAAGUGGAAAUCCCCGUUCCUGGACGUCAGCUUCUACAAUGAGAACACCACGCACCUGUGGGACGUCACGAUACCCAAGCAGAGCCCGUUUUCAAGGAGCGACAUCUUCCCGCUGACCUACCGGCCGCUGCUGGGCGGGCUGUUCCCUUCCCCGCGGGACCCCCUGAGAACACUGCAGGUGACCUACAAGCUGGACGACUGCUACACCGGCGCCUACAACCACACGGGCGAGGUG